AUGGGAGCCUCUGCUCCACUGCCUUUUGUCUUGAUUACAACGGCAACCAAACCAAGUACUACCCCAUGGCUCAUCUCUCAAUCGGCACUAUUGGCUCCUUCCAACCCAGCACGGAGGAUUGGAAAGUGUAUACAGAGCGACUUCAACUCUUUUUUUGUCGCUAACAGCAUUGAUGACGCAGACAUACGUCGUGCAACACUUCUCACCGUGUGCGGACCGUCAACGUAUGGACUCGUCCGUGAUCUACUUGCUCCCGCAGCUCCUACCGAAAAAACAUUCGAAGAACUUGUUGCUCUGGUUCAGGAACACCAGCAGCCUACACCCUCACCCAUCGUCGAGAGGUACACCUUCUUUACAAGAGUACAACACUCAGGAGAGACGAUCAAUGACUAUGUGGCCCAGCUCCGCAAGAUUGCUAAACACUGCCAGUUUGGCGAAACCCUCAACGACAUGCUCCGAGACCGCAUUGUUUGUGGAUGUCGAGACAAGAAGCUCCAGUACAAGCUUUUGGCUGACCCUGCACUCACUUUUGACAGCGCUCUGGCUGUUGCAAAGGCAUCGGAACUAGCUGAUCGUGGCACCAGAAAUCUCUCUGGACAGGACGCGUCUGUAAACCGUCUAUUGGACAACCGUCGACACAAGCCUCCACUCCCUCGGGAGAAACCUCCCUCAAUUGGCCCAACACAACCGUGUUUUCGUUGUGGUGCAGCUCAUCCGGCAACUACGUGCAAGUUUCGCACAAGCACUUGUCACUACUGCAAGAAACAAGGGCAUAUCUCAAAGGUCUGCAGAAAGAGAACAAGAGACUCAAAAGCAGACAAAACUGCAUCUAGAUCUACUAACCAGCUGAUUGGUUCUAAUGAUGAUGAUGAGGAGGACACAGAUGAGUACAGCUUGUUCUACUCCUCCGCUGGCCGCACUCAGCCAAUCACUGUACCUGUUACUCUCAAUGGACUGGAUACUACCAUGGAAAUUGACACAGGUGCAGCCCUCUCUGUGAUGAAUGAACACACGUACCGAUCGCUGUGGCCUAAACGGAAGCCCCCUCUCAAACCCACUUCAAUCCGACUCAAGACCUACACUGGUGAGCACAUUGUGGUAAAGGGCAUAAUUCGUGUGCAUGUUCUGUACCAAGCACAGCAGGCGGAAUUGGAUCUCCUUGUUGUCGCUGGCAAAGGACCCUCCUUGCUGGGACGAGACUGGCUGGAGAACCUAAGACUGGAUUGGCAAAGCAUUAAAUACUCAACGACCGUGGCCGACGAUCUCCAGGAGAUCUUGGACAAGCAUUCCACAGUGUUUGGGAUUUGGGACCCGGGCAUCUCGAAAAUGAAGAGUCUCGCCCGAUGUUUUGUAUGGUGGCCCGGAAUGGACAAAGCACUCAAAGAGAAAGUCAAGCUGUGUGACGCCUGCCAGCGAACCAGGAAACUCCCUCCAGUGGCACCGAUUCAACCCUGGGAAUGGCCAGAACGCCCCUGGGCUAGGCUGCACAUCGACUACGCUGGCCCUCUUCUCGGACACAUGUUCUUGGUCGUAGUAGACGCCCACUCGAAGUGGAUGGAGGUGAAAGCUGUACGACACGCUACCACGGCUACUACCCUCACUGAACUCAGGUCGAUCUUCGCGACUCACGGCAUACCUGAAUUGCUCGUGUCAGACAACGGAUCAGUGUUCACCAGUGUUGAAUUCAAGGACUUUGUAAAAACACAAGGAAUUCGACACACUACCUCAGCACCAUACCACCCCGCAACAAAUGGAUUGGCAGAACGAGCCGUCCAAACCUUCAAGGCUUACAUGAAGAAAGCCCCUGAUGCCCCACUCAGAGACAACCUAUCUCAGUUUCUGUUUCAGUACAGAAUGACGCCGCACUCCACAACAGGCAUCUCCCCAUCUGAGCUACUACUGAAUCGCCGACCUCGCUCUAAGCUUGACCUAGCUAUCCCGAACCUGACUCAGAAAGUUCGCGCAAAACAGCUGAAGCAAAAGAUUGGUCAUGAUCAGCAUGCUGUGGCUCGGAAGUUCGAUGUUGGAGACAAUGUCUAUGUUUGUGAUCUGCCCUCCAAGAAGGACUGGGUUCCCGGCACAAUUGAAAGUACAGCUGGCCCUCUGUCUUUCAACGUUACCCUGAUGACUGGUCAGACGUUUCGUCGACACGCAGAUCAUCUUCGCCCCCGCUCUACAGUCGAACAACAACCCCUGACUGAUUGGACUGAUAUACCGGAACUAGAUCAUGAUACCGAAACACCCGACUCGAACUCUGAACAAUUACCACCACCACCAACUGGCUCGACACUAGCAACUCCAAGUGUUCGUCGGUCAGCUCGAGCGACAACCGCUCCAGACUACCUUGUGGACCAUUACUAGUUUGUAGUGAGUUAUUGAGUUAUUUUAUAUGUUGCUGUAACGCUUCCAUCUAGUAGGGGAGGAAGUGUAGUAAUGUGCAUAGUGCUUACUUUUAGUUGUGUUAAUUAACUCAUUUCCUGUGGUUAACUUUACUUCCUGUAUUGUACUUUUCUGUUAUUGUGGUUUCUGUUCGUUAGUAGGUUCUUUCUGUAUAGUUGUUCUUUGUUCCCUUUGUGCCUAGCUAUAGGGGCCCGCUCCAGGCGGCUCUUUGUGUAUGGGAGCCUCUGCUCCACUGCCUUUUGUCUUGUACAUACUAAUACCUUUGUUCUUGUGCAUUUUAUCAGUUGUUGAAUACGAUUUCACUAAACUCAAA